CCAGGCACCACUGCGAGUCCCGGCUGCAAACUCUCGGGGCAGGAAGGCGGAGAGAAUCAGAAACUGCCUCGUUUGGGUUGGUCGAAGGAAAAUCUGCCCUAAUGUAAAUUAAUUUCCCCGAGGUUGCCUUCCCCUGGGCGGAGGGGCGUUUCCUGGCCCACCCAGGCGUUGUUUGGUAAAUAAGGAUGCUUGCUGAGUGCCUGCAGCCGGAAAGGCGCUCCUGCACUCUCGUGCCCUGGGGGCUGGGACUACGGCUUGGGGUUUCCCGACCGAAGGACCACAGUGACCAGGCACUUGAAGGUUUCUCCCCCACGGAUGCUGGAGGCGCUGCGCUGUUCCCUGCGCCUGGCCCUGGCCUGGGGCUCCGGGUGUUGGCGGCCGGCUCCGCGCGGUCCGUGCGCUGGAGCCUGGCCGCGCCGCCCGCUUUCGCGUCCAGCCGGGCGCUGCGUGCCGCCGCAGCUCUCCGCAGCCGCGCGCUCCCGGAGCCGCCCCAUGGCCAGCCCGCCCUCCGCCGCCGCCGCCCUCGUCCUCGCCCUCGCCCGCCAGGACUGCAGUAAUGGAUGCUCCGCGGAAUGUCCCGGAGAAGCAGGAUCGAAAGAGGUGGUGGAGACUUUUAAGGCUAAAGAUCUAAUAAUCACACCAGCCACCGUUUUAAAGGAAAAACCAGACCCCAAUACUCUGGUUUUUGGAACGGUUUUUACGGAUCACAUGUUAACAGUGGAGUGGUCCUCGGAGUUUGGAUGGGAGAAACCACACAUCAAGCCUCUUCAAAACCUGUCAUUGCAUCCAGGUUCGUCGGCUUUCCACUAUGCAGUGGAAUUAUUUGAAGGAUUGAAGGCAUUUCGGGGAGUAGAUAAUAAAAUUCGUCUGUUUCGGCCAAACCUCAACAUGGAUAGAAUGUACCGGUCUGCUAUGAGGGCAACUUUGCCGGCAUUUGACAAGGAAGAGCUUUUAGAGUGUAUUCAGCAGCUUGUGAAAUUGGAUCAAGAAUGGGUCCCCUACUCAACAUCUGCAAGUCUGUAUAUUCGUCCUACAUUCAUUGGAACUGAGCCUUCUCUGGGAGUCAAGAAGCCUACUAAAGCCCUGCUGUUUGUAAUCUUGAGCCCAGUGGGACCUUAUUUUUCAAGUGGAAGCUUUAAUCCAGUGUCCCUGUGGGCCAAUCCGAAGUACGUAAGAGCCUGGAAAGGUGGGACCGGGGACUGCAAGAUGGGAGGGAAUUAUGGCUCAUCUCUCUUUGCCCAAUGUGAAGCAAUGGAUAACGCGUGCCAGCAGGUUCUGUGGCUCUAUGGAGAGGAUAAUCAGAUAACCGAAGUUGGAACAAUGAAUCUUUUUCUUUACUGGAUAAAUGAAGAUGGAGAGGAAGAACUGGCAACUCCUCCGCUAGAUGGCAUCAUUCUUCCAGGAGUGACGAGGCAGAGCAUCCUGGACCUGGCACACAAGUGGGGAGAAUUUAAGGUGUCAGAGAGGUACCUCACCAUGGACGACCUGACCACAGCCGUGGAGGAGAACCGCGUGAGGGAGAUGUUUGGUUCUGGUACCGCCUGUGUUGUUUGCCCAGUUUCGAAUAUACUGUACAAGGGUGAGACUAUACACAUCCCAACUAUGGAGAAUGGGCCUAAGCUUGCAAGCCGCAUCUUGGACAAAUUGACUGGUAUUCAGUAUGGAAGAGAAGAGAGUGACUGGACAAUCACAGUAUCCUGAAUGGAAAAGAACAGGCUAUCAUGUGUGUGCUCUUGGGACAGACUGUUGCAUUUGAAUUAUGAGAAAUUUCUUUGGCUACCUGUUUUUAGUUGUGCAUAAUGUAGUUUGUAUUAUCCGUUUUACCAGGGCGAUUGUUUCCUCAUGCCAGAGAAGAUGAAUUGCAAUCAUCCAGUGGUAGUUUAUAAACUUGCUCCUAGAAGCUUACCUUACUUUCUCUAGAAAGAUGAGAAUGGAAGCCAUCUAAGCAAAGAAUUUUCCUCCAUAACCUGAGUGCUUCCCUUGGUACUUCAAUCAGAUAAAAAAGUGUUUAUUCUUCAGCAUAAGUUACGUUCUGCUCCUCAACCAAGUGAGUGUUUUUUGUGUUUGAAAGCUGAUCUGAGUAACUUUCAUAGGUACCAUUUCCUGCAACACAUCUUCAUCCUCAGAAGGUUGUUUUUUUUUUUUAAAUCAAGACUUUGAGAAACUGGAUUUCCUCCCCUCAUAUUUCUUUCCAGGUCCCCUAAGUCCGUCUUAGGGAAAAUCUCUCCCUCCUUCCUGAUGUCACGGUCUGCGCCAGGCUCUCCUGGUGCAUCAGCAAGGCCCACCCCUGCCCUUUCCACAUUGUGUUGUAAUCAGCGGUCAGGCUUCACUACAAGACUGAGGGUCUUGUGCCUUAUAGAUCUUUGUAUCCCCCUUCCUGGCACAUAACAAGGAAUGAAUGAACGAACAUGUACCUUCUAUAGAGGUGUACCUUCUAUGUUUCUAUAUUGUGAAAUCUCUUUAUUAGAAUUUGUGAUUGAUUCUGACUUUGUCUGUAUUUACCUCAUAUUGUCUUUAUUUUCCGUGGACUGCUAAGUCAUUAGAGAUGCUCAGAGUCAUAGUUUGUUGGAGGAAUGAUUUCUUAUUUGAAGACUGUCUUGGAAUUAAAGUAAUAGCUCUAGAGAGAUCGUGAUACCAUAUCAACCAAAUGGAAAUGAUAUAUGUUAUGUGUUAAACACAUAAAUGUUGUGUUAAAUACAAAAUAAAUCAUAUUUAGUUUUUUGAUAGAAAGCAAAGAGGUAUAUACUCUGGUUUUUAUACUCUGGUUUUAUAGGUGCUCAUUUCUGUUGGAUGGGGAUUGGAUAAGCACAUGGUUAGGGUACAGGGAGAGUGAUUAUAGAUGAUAUUUUCCUUGUUUAGGAGCCAUGAGUUAAAAUUGUAUCCUGGUUUAUCUAGGGGAAAGUCAAAUCUUGAUAGAAAACAUUUACUCUUGGAAGGUCAACUCUCAGACAUUAUAUUUUGGUUUCCUUUAGUCCUAAUAACUUUCAUCUUGCUGAUCAUAUUUCAUCCUCUUUUCAGAGCAAGGAAAAAAAUUCUAAAAGUUUUGACGUGCUGGAAAAUUUUCCUUAAGGCAUUUAGCAACAUAUAGCAAAUGGGGCUUUGAUUCUUUUCCAAGUCUUUUGGCCAUAGAGUCUUUUUAGAUAGGAACGGUAAAAUGAAAAUGAGGGAAGUAUAAGAUGAAAAGGAAUGGUAAAAAUAUCUUUUAGGGGGCUUUUAAUUGGCGAUCUGAAGUCUUGGGAGAGUCUAUUCUUUUUAGGUAGGGCUGAAGUGCUUUAACUAUCCUCUGCACAACUUUGUUCACCAAGUAGCAUUCUAAGAGUAUACAUUUGCCUUGACUAAAUCCUGGGACCUCAUUUUCAAUAUUGUAGUCUAGAAAUGACUUAAGGUAAUUCUAACCUGUCAAGUAGCCCAUAAUAACCAGACUCAACAUUCCUAUGAGAAAUGGAAAUCAUCUAUUUGCCACAAAUACAUUUUAUACUUUGCAUCUCUGAAUUUAGUAUGGCGAGACAUGUUCGUUGUAAGAGUUGGAGAGCAAUAUGUCUUGACAUUAUGUCUGUGUGAUUUCUUUCAUCAAACCUUAAGAGCAUUUUAAGCCCUUUCUACCAGACUCUGAAGAUGAAGGAUGUACAUUUAAGGAAACAAGGUCUCCUAAAACAGAGAACACAAUCUGCCAUUCUCGUUUAAGUAAUAAGACAGGAAAUUGACUUUGACACUAACUUGUUAAAUAGAUUUAAAGGGAACAUCUGCACAUCUUUUUUCCUUGUGCACUAUUUGUUUAAUUGCAGUGGAUUAAUACAGCAAGAGUGGCACAUUAUAACUAGGCAAUUAUCCAUUCUUCAAGACUUAGUUAUCGUAACACUAAUUGAUCAUUUAAAGCGUAAGAUAGGCUAGCAUUAGGAACAUGUGAGGCUAAUCUGCUCAAAAAGAUCAACAAAUUAAUAUUGUUGCUGAUAUUUGCAUAAUUGGCUGCAAUUAGUUAAUGUUUAAUUGGGUUGAUCAAAUGGGAUUCAGCAAUUCACAUGUGCAUGAAUAUAAACAGAACUGGUGGCACUUAAAAUGACAAUGAUUAACUUAUUUUGCGUGUUCUCUUCCUUCCACUUUUUUUUCAGUUUUUACAUUUCAGACCAAGUUCAUCAGCCUUUUUCAAAACACAUCAGUAGAAACCAAGAUUUUAAAAUGAAGCUUUCAGGCAUUAGACAAAACCCGAGCAUUUCCUAAAGCUAUUCGCUAUUAGGAAUUUUCUUUGUUACAGUCAUUUAUCAAGGAUUCAACUCACGAUACACCAAAAGAAGAGUCCAUUUCAGGAAUGUGUAUCGUGCUCCCCAGAACCUGCAGGACUGAAUAAACUAGUAAUACCUAUAAAACCUUUACUUUCAAAAGGACAGAGGAAAAGUAAAAGGGAAAGAGGAAUAAAUGACUGAGAAAACUUGUUAGGGAAUCACUUUUUUUUCUACCUGGUAAACACAGUUUAUUCUUUUCUCAAAAGAUUGUCACGAGAAAAAAAAAAAAAGAUCAGAGGUAGCAAGAAAGCGCAGUGUCACAUCGAUUAUAUAACUUGGCAAUGUCAGCCCUCCUGAAGAUCUGGGAAGCCUACAUUAUACACCCUGGGUGAAAACUCUUCAUCAUAUCUAGCUUUCCUGAAAUCAGAGUACUCUGGGGCACUUAAAGGCAAUUAAUGAGUAUAUCUUGGUCAAAAGAAUUGUAGGAACUUUUUUUAUUAAAGCUUCGGUUUCAGCUCUGCUUUAGGGAGUUUGUGCUAUAAAAUUAGCUGCCAACAUAAGCUUAUUUAUUUUCCCCAUUCCCACUUAGUGCUCAAUCACUGUAUUCUUUUUCCUUUAAAAGUUCCUUUUUAAAAUUAUAUGUUCACUUUACCCUUAUGAUUGGGAAAAAUCUAUUUUAAGCAGGGAACGACAACAUUCAUUCGCUUUCAAUGAGUGAUAUUUUCUAAAAUAUUUAGAGCAAUAAACAUUCAUGAGAUGCACUAAAGCUUAGACAGGGGUUAGAGAAACAUUGUAAGAGGGAUCUUUGAUUUCAUGUCCUGAUUCUAAAUAGGAUCCAAGAAUUAUUCCUUUAAUGUGGAUUUAGGAUAUGCAAAAACUUAAGUUAUGAAUAGUAAUCCUGGUACAUAAUUUUAGUAGAUGUUUAUAACACCUAUCACUUUGUUUUGCCACAAGUAGAAUUUGUUCAGCUGUCUGUUUUCCAGAUAUCUCCUCACAAGAGGAGGCAGAGAGUACCACUCUUUCAAUAAGCAUUACUUAUUAAUUGACAAAGAUCACAGAGAUUAUAAUUAAUUGGAUCAGUUAACUUGAUAAAUGUUGAUCGAGUACCCACAAAUAUGUGUCUAACACAACUCACAGUAGGGAUUAGAAAGUUAGUUUUAGAAAAUAAGUAGUAUACAGACAUUACCCUCAUGGAGUUUAUACUCUCCUACUUGAAGUUUUAGAUAUAAAAGUAAUAUUUAAUACAGUUAGAUGAUAAGGAGACAAAGGUCAGAGCACAUCUGUUAUCAAUGUGCUAUCAAGAAAUCACAAUAAACAUUUUCAUCUCAUUUUUAAAAGAAAGAAUGUCCUUUUUUCCAUUCCUUUCUUUCCUCUCGUGGGAAACUACUCAGUAGAUUAGUAUUUAGGGGUUCUUGGUGUGAAUUACCUCCCGGUUUACUGUUUACUGCCAACCUGGUACAUUUGUUAACUGCAUUCCUUUGGAGCGAUGUUAAGUUGUCAUGGUACAUCUAACAAAAGAACACCUCAAAUUACAGCAUCCUUGCUGAUCUUAAACUCAAAGUCAGGUAUUAUUGAAAUAAAAUGUUCCUAGAGUGACUUUUUCUGGAAAAUGUCAAUUAUGAAUCAAACUGUUGAGACUGUUGACUUGAAAAUGAUGGAUUACAGCUACUCAGAAAAUAGCAGGUGGAAGACUAACUUUAAUACUAAACAGGUUUUCACAGUUUGAGGUUUUAAAAGAAAGGCCAUUUAAAGUAUUGCAAAGAGAUUCUUUUUUAUCAUUGCCAGAAAGUUCUUUUAAAAAUACAAAGGUAGAAGAAAGUGAUUUAUUUUCCAUCUUCAGUAUACAUACCAUAGUAAAAAAUUUAUCAGAUAUUAAUUUGAGGAAGUGAUAAAGAAACAUAUCAAUAGAAUAGAAACAUAUCAAGUGUUUGGAGGUAAAUAAUUCCCUGGGAUCAGAUAUAUGUAAACAUAUUUGCUUUAGUGAAUGAUAAAGGCAUGAAAUUCAGUCUAAGCAAAUGAGGUGGUCUUUAAAAUCUGCUGGAUACAAGUAUUGAAGUUUUAAGUAAUCUUUGUAUACUUUCUGUCUGAAAGUAUGUUUUGCAUACCACAUACCGAUUAAUAAGGUCUAAAACAUGAGUUACAUAAUGUUCUACCUAUGGAACCCACUGUUGGGAUGGUAAAAAUUGUGAGCUGUGAUACGGGAAUGAAUUAAAAUGUAUUACCAUUGACAUGUAUUUUCUCUACAUGUCCACUGUCACAAUGGCUAGGUUCCUUGUUACCCAUCAUUGAAUGGAGACAAUUGUAACUACAGAAGAUGUCAGAGGAAGAACAAAUGGUAGUAGAGAAAGAAAGGCAAAAAGUCGAACUUGCUUCUGUGCUGUCCAAGAGAACUCUUUCCUCAUUCUCCCAGCCAUCGGGAUCUUCGGCUUUCAACAUAGGUGCCAAGUACAAAUAGUGCCAAUUAGAAAGUGACUAAAUAUAGUGGCCAGCUUAUCAGAUAACCUUGAGAUAAUGAUCUAACGGUCAUGUUACAUGGGAACUACUUUAGAUUACUACCAAUAUGGUUAAGACUUUAUAAUUGCAUAGUCUAUAAGAUCUAUUUAGUCAUUUCUUCAACCAUUUUAAGAUCUGUGAAGCUUCUUGAGACUGAAUAAAAGAAUAAGUGGCAAGGAGUAGAUUGUGACUUCUUUUUCCCCUUGGGAAUACUAUUUGCCACCAUCCCUGUUUCCUUGGUGAAGGUUAACUGAUUUGGAAAUUAGUUGAAUUAUUAUCAUUUUGUUUUUAACUAAAAUGUACAACACACUGCUAUUUCCUCAAGUUAAUUUCACAAUGGUCAUUAAAGUCAUUCUCAAGGUCGAGAAAGGAAUACAAAUAACCUGCCUCAAUUUCUACUUCACUGAUAAGUGUUUGAAGAGUGUUGGUAUUCAAGAAUAUGGCAGUAAGUAGAUUUUGAAUGAAAUUUUAAAGAUAAGCUGGCUAAUCUGUAUGCACCUAUAAAUUCUGCAGAUGGUCCCCUGUUGACGUAAAAGAAUGCAUGAUCCCAUAGUUAGCCAAUAAAUGGAGCCUAACCCCCUAUGCUGAAGAAUCUGUGCUUACUUGAUAUGGUGGCUGAGAGAAAAGUAGUGUGAGGAGGUAGUUUUUAAAUCAGUUUAUAGUUAGAAAUGGGAGAAUACCAGCUUAACUAUGGAAUUUUUAGAAUGUGUUCUCUUGCAUCUAAGUCUGAUUGUAAUGAAAAAGCCCCAGCCAUUGCUUGUCUCAAAUUUCUCUGGUUGUGUCGUGAUUCUUGAGAUUAUCUUUAAGAAUAAUCAAGUAGAAAGAAAUAAACAUUUUAUAAAUAAGCCUUGGCUCUCAUGAGCAAUUGUUUAAAGAUUAUGUUAAAAGGAUUUAAGCUCACUGAAAGCGUAAUAAUGGAAAUGUGGAAAAUAUGGUGGGUAAAGGAAACUACCUCAUUCUUCGAAGGUUUUGUAGAAGCACAAUUAAGCAUUCUAAAAUGGCUUUGUUACAUAUGAACCAUCUGGUGUGAAAGAACUGUAUUUGUAAUGUCUAAAGGACCUGGAAUCAUUGUAUUUUGCUGGCAAUAGACAUAUUCUUUAUUGUUCACAGGUUCCUCAUCAAAUUAUACACUGAUUCUGUCAUCAAUAAAACAAUUUCAAGGA